GUGAACGCGUUGGACGACGCCAAUUGCACACCGUUGAUGAUAUGCGCCAAGCAGGAGAUGUGCGGAGUCGAAAUGGCGCAGCUGCUGGUCCAGGCCGGAGCCGAUGUAAAUGCGGAUGGGCGCAGAGUGGCGCCGGAUUAUAGCGGUCGGACGGCGCUCCACUAUGCGGCCCAACUGUGCAAUCUCGAUAUGAUUAGAUUUCUGAUACGAUCGGGAGCUAAUAAAGAUGCGCAGGACUCGAAGGUGAGUGAGAUGGCGAACUUUUUGGAUGACUUAACUGAAAUUUAG